CCGAAGCCUUGUCGAGAUCAGCUGGGACAAUAACAACAAUAACAAGAAGGGAAGUGGCCCGGAGAAGGAGACCUUCGCUGGUGGGACAUCGCAACUUACACGGCUCGCGAGCUCGUCUUGUCCAAGUGACACCGCGGAUGUCGCAUCGUGCGACAUCUGAAGGGGAACUUUUUUAAAAUCGCGUUGUCUGGGCUUUGCUGUGCGCUUCCUGGAUGAGCCCGAAACGAGGACGCGGGCAAAACGCUGAGAGAAAGAGGACCAGCUGGGCAUCCGUUCGGUCCGCUACUACAGGCAGCUCGCGCGCGGGGAGCCUUCGGUGACACUUGUGAAGGUGGCGAAGUGAGCGCGUUGUCCUGUCCCGGGAAGCCGCACCGUGGCGGGAAUAUUAUUAUUAUAAAUGGAGGACAAGUGACAGUGAAGUAAUAGAGGCGAAUGAGAGUGUAAAUUUUAAAUCGUUCAUGCACAUGGAAUUAAGUAUAAACUGUGAGCGCAUAACCGCAAGAAGAAAGUAGCCACGCUUCAAAAUAGGCGGUAUCAGUUUUUAUUCUUUUCGUUGUGUGCGCAUCCUUGUUUUGCACCAUAUUAAGUCCCAUAAACAAAGGGAAAGUACGGGCCGCAUCGUGUGAAAAGCGAAAAAAAAAAGGAGGGCGGCUUUGCUCACUUCGCUUCAGUCGGUGUAAUAGUGGAUUUUACACACUCGCGGACAUUUUCUGCUGCUGUGCUAAAACUGUUGUAACUUUGGGCACACUUCUAUCUGCUUGAAGUUCGACAAACUAGAAUUUGUUUCCUGAGUCAGUCUGUAAAAUUUACAGUUAGAAUUUCUGCCUUGACAGUAAGAAAGUAAGUCCGUCGCAGGCGGGACGGAGGGACGCAGAGAGACAGGGCUCGAAACACGAGUUAUUAGUUACUUUCUUGCUUUUAAAAGUAGCCUCCGACUCAACAGUGACCCAGUAUAACAUUAUAUAUAAAAUAUAACAUCUAAAGCGUCUCAAGCUGCAGCUUUUGCUGUGAAGAUGGUCACUCGGUCGCUUCACGACAAUGUCUGUGUUCGUCCGCGGCUUCACGGCUGAGAGGAGGAGGAGGAGGAGGCCGCCGCCGGCGCUCAGCGCUCUUCUGCGACUCGGGACCCUUCGCGGUGCCCUGUGAGGCCGAUCCGGUUCGGUCCGGUCCGAUCCGCUCGGGUCCGCGCUGAGACGGGCCAGUGUGGCCAUGUCAGAGACCCUGAUCUCGGCCCACACCUCGGAGGACCUCCUGGCAGACUUCGAGUCUCUGCUGGGGGCCGGGAGCUUCGGCGUGGGCGAGGAGCACCAGAUCGUCAUCAUCUCCACGCCCAGCGACGUGGACGUGCGCGGGGGCGAGAUCCUGCUGUUCACCACGCCGCAGGGACCCCCGCUCGUCGAGGAGCAGCGGAGGCCGCCGCUGGGGAGACCCCCGGUGAAGAGGAAACUUGACUUAGACAGCGACCACCAGUAUGUGUGCAGUUCGCCGCCCGCCCCGCUCAGUGGAUUGCCGGCACCCACGCCCGCUCCGCCCAGGGUUCCAAAGUCGUCCUCUGAGAAGUCUCGCUACGACACCUCCCUGAACCUCACAACCAAACGUUUCCUGGACCUCCUGGCCAAGUCUCCUGAUGGUGUGGUAGAUCUCAACUGGGCCUCACAGGUUCUUGAGGUACAGAAGCGACGUAUAUAUGAUAUCACCAAUGUCCUGGAGGGCAUACACCUCAUCUCCAAGAAGUCCAAGAACCACAUCCAGUGGCUGGGGACUCGGGUCGACAGCGGGUUGGUGGCGAGGUACAAGAGCCUCCAGAAGGAGGUGUCCGAUUUGGGAGAAGCAGAGGAGAAGCUGGAUGAACUCAUCAGCAAAAGCAACUUGCAGCUCAAGCUGCUCACAGAGGACCCACAGAACAAAAAACUGGGCUAUGUGAUGUGCCAGGACCUCCGCAGCACUGUGAACCCCCCAGAGCAGAUUGUCAUGGUGGUGCGUGCACCACCGGAGACACAAAUGCAAGUGUCGGACCCAUCCGAGGGUUAUCAGAUCUCUCUAAAAAGCUCCCGUGGACCCAUUGAUGUCUUCCUGUGUCCAGAGGAUAGCUCUCAGCUCUGCUGCCCUGUGGCUGACCUCAGCCCAUCCAAGGUGGCUUUUGAAACGUCUCCACAAGCUGUAGACCAGGCUUGCGAUCAGCCAAAAUCCAGCUGUACCCAGGAAGGUCCGUCAUCAUUACGCCAGGACUGCUCCCCUCUAAGGCUCUCUGGUGAUUCUGAUGAUGUUCUUGCUGCAGAUGCAUUCGGUGGUCUCGGGGAGAUGCCUGAUUUUGGGCUCCCAGCCCUGGGUUCAUCAUCCGAUUACCUGCUAGAUGGAAUCUCUGAGGACUUAUCAACUGCAUUGGAUGGGUUCAUCAACCUGUCCCCUCCUCAGGUCCAUGACUACCACUUUGGGCUGGAGGAGGGAGAGGGUAUCAGCGAGCUCUUUGACUGUGACUUUGGGGACCUACCAUCUUUGGGGUUCUGA